GCCAAGCGUGCUACUACAUCCUCAUUUUACUAACUACGACAUCUCCGCCCCCGCCCCAAUGGCGGUCACGACCCUACUCCCAGAUUCCUCCGUGGAAUCGGUGAAGCUGGCCGUUCGCUCGACAACAACAUGCUCCGCGGCCACCGUGUUGACGCUGCAGACGCUCUUUCGAGGGCCCGCCAAAUCAUCAUCAGGGACCAGCAUCACUGCAGUGAGACACAAUAACAGCAAGACAUUGAACACAUCGACAUCGACAACACGAACGAAGACCUCCCGAACGACGUCGAAAACGAAGGAAGCCGCCAUCACCGCCCUGACCGAGACAGAUGCGGCCCGCCUGUCGCACCAGGAAAAGCUCGUGCUGGCCACGGAGGUUUUCAACACGACACUCAAGACCCUCUCGGAUGAAGUGCGAGUACAAAGCUCGAAAUCUACGGCGCCUCGCGUGCGACCCGCGCAACCGCCCUCCCCGAAUCCCGACCCCGCAUCGUCGAGAAAAUUGAAGAGGUCACAGUCGACAACGCCGGAGAUACAAGAUGGGGACAGUGGGCUGGCUGGUGUGGCUGAAUGCGCGACGCUUGCGUUGGCGUGUUUGCGGACGUUGAAGAGUGGACAAGGGGAUCAGGAAAAAGGGGCCCCCAAUGUGCAGUUGGAGCAGGGCGCGUGUGUGCUUGCUGGGAGGUUUCUGUCUCUGGGGUUGAACGACCUGGCCUAUAAGGAGUUGAGGGGUCUGAAGAGGAGGGUCCAACAGUAUCUGGAUAGCAGGGCGACGGCCCGCAAGAAGAGGACCGAUGAUGUGACGGAGGAGGAUACCGCCAAGGAGCGCAUGUCGGACUUGCUCACGUUCACCAACGUCGAUAAAGCUGGGCCUAUUAUUGGGACAGUUGUGUCCUUCCAAUCGAAUGCCCUGCGUCUGAUCGCCUCCGAGAAGAAACUCUCGACCACCCAGAAGUUGCUGCCUGCACUGCAGCUUUCCAACCACAGCAGUCCUGCGGCUGUCAUUUUCUCGGCUAUGGAAGCGGAUGCUCUCGCCAAAGACAAAGCUGCUCUGCAGCUUCAAUUAUUAUCCAAUACCCUGUUGUCUUUGUGCUCCGCAUCUCAAUCGUCGACAACCACGAGUUCGACAAGACCAAUUACGUCACUUACCCUUCAGUUGCUGUCUCUCGAAACCCGCUGUUCGUCUUGGAAGCUUUCGGGCCAUAAGUGCGAUGAGGUGAAGGAAAUGUGGGACCCCCUGGCGCGCUACCUUGCCAGCUACGCCCACCACAGCAAGGGUAUUGAAAAAUCGGAGUUUGCGUCCGUCUACACGACUAUCGUUCGACUCCAGAAUGCAGUUUCCAACACGCCGAAACACCCCACCGAUACUCCCAAGGACAACCUUUGCGUGGCUAGGAUUGCCACCGUUCUAGGCCAACUUGCCCAGGAGGCCGGUUGCCUCAAGGAGGCCCUUAAGCUCUUUACUGAAUCUCUGGGCCCGCUAUCCACCGGGCAGAGCAUUGGUCUGGCAACCGUGCACUGCAAAAUCUCGCUCCUCCAUUUCCAUGCUCUCAAAUCUUCGAAAGCGUACGACCAGGAAACCGUGGCAAAAUCUCUGUCCAAAGCUACUGCAGCACUGGGCAUGCAGUUGAAAGGCAACACUAACGACUUGGACGAACUGCUUGUGGCAACCACGAAACUGAAGAAGCUAGCAAUGGCUUGGUUUGGCGAGGCGAUAACCGGAAAACACGAGGCGAAACUGCAGGAUAGCCCCAUCGCCUCUCGUAUUUACGACUAUCUCCCGGGAUUUCUCAAAUUCUUACGACGCUAUCUCGGUCGUCAACCAUCAGUGGACGAGGAGCCUAAGGAGUACGAGUUGUUCGCAAAACGAGUCAGUGGCUCGAGAAAUAUUGUUUUGGCUGCCGUGGAUUCGACCGUCGCGGUUGGCAAGGUGUCGGUCAUGUCGCAGCAACCUUCCUGGGAACACAUGCUCCCAGCCCUCACCGACUGCCAGCGGCUUCUGGUGGCUGUGAACCUGUGCGAAGAUGAGCAAAUCGAAUGUAGCGUUGUCGAGCAGAUUGGCAUGGGAUUUGUCAAGUUGUCUAACGUCUUCUGGUCGAGAUACAUCAAAGAAAAAGAAAAGGGAAAGAGCUACCGGGAGCUUGUGCCCCUGCUGAAGCAGUCCGCCAAUCUAUUGUCAGGCUGCUCGACAUCCCAAAGAAGCUCGGGAUUUGCAGCUCUCAAGUUCGAGAGGCUGGCCCAUGCAUAUCUAGAAGGGAAUCUGACUUUGGAAGCAGGGCAGGCGUUUUUCCAGUCUAUCCAAGAACAUAUCGCGACUGGAGCUUUGGAUCAGACGAUCGAAGAGACAGCGGGAAGUUUCCCACAACGAUUCGGCCAGGAUCCAACAAACAUCGGCUUCAUGCUUGGCCGUGUUCUUUCGAUGUUCUUGAGAAUGAGCUUACGGAGCAAGACGUCAAAAUUACCAAACGUAUUCGACGACGAGAGCCUGGACUCCUUGCAGAGAGGACAUAUCUUGGAGUGGCAGAUGGGGAUCCUGAUGGAACUUCAAAGUCACGGUGGCGAAGUUUCUCGUUCUAAGCUUACUCCUCUGUUGACUACCCUUGUCGACGUAUACUCGCCUGAUGUACAUCCGAUCCGUCGUCGGCGGGUGAUACUGAGCGCGCUUCGUUUCUCACUGGAACACCCCCACUCAUUGGAACCCUCAUUGCUACAGGAGCUUACGUUGGAAGUCUCCGACCACCAAGUCUUUGACGAACACCAUGGCGAUGACUCUGACUUAGCCUGCUACGUGACUUACCUCAAGAACUCGCUUUGCCUCACUUCGGGGCUUCGCCGGGGAGAUUUGGGGCCAGAACAACUGGAGAACAUCAUAUCGUCAUGGCAAGGUAUGAUGCAGAAUUGUCGUGAUCGCAGUUCGCUUGAUCUGUAUGUCGGUGAUGUAGACUACUGCCUCCUACAAAUGAAGGCGGUGGUUGAUUAUACCGAGAUUCACGGCCUGUGGAAACUCCAAUUAUCCGCGCUGGAGCUGGUACUGCGUAUCACCGAACUUCAAGAAACGAAGGAUUUCUCCGAAGGAAUCGUCAUUCUGUCACGCCUUGUGCUUCAGUACUGCCGACUAGGAUAUUGCAAACGGGCUUCCGGUCUCCUUUCACGUGCAGACCAAUGUAUUGCCAGCAAUGAGGUUUCGUGUCUUGCGGUCUUGUCUUAUAAACUGGCCCAAGUUUGCUAUCUCCUCGAGACUGGGGAUAUCAGCAAGGCAGCCGAUAUCUUAGCAGCAGCGCAAGGCCUGUACGAAAAAAACCAGGGAAAGCAGGAUCUCAGCAACUGCUCCGUGCUGUCCAAAGUAGCGUGGGAAAGGCUUGUCGCUGACGCAGCCUUUUUGAGCUCUCAACUGGCUUUCGCCCAAGGAAUGAUCAAAGACGCUCUAUUCUUUGCCAAGCUGUCUGUGAGACUCAACUGCCGAAUCUGGGCUAAGGUCGAAAAGAUUGCCCAAAGAAAACAGGAACGGAUUGCGCCGGCAAAUGACAGCCCAGAGCUCGAGGUUGUCGUGGAGGGUAUGGCAAAACUGGACGUCACCCAAAAGACCUCAACGAGUCCAGAGUCCUACUCUCAAGGAGCACCGUUUUGGCCUCACAUUGGCUCCCACAACAUCGCGCUGAUGAACCUUGCAAGCCUCUCUGCGCACCACGGGCUGUUCCAGGAUGCUAUAUACUACGGGGAGCAGGCACUGAAGAUCAACCAGACUUUGAACGCAAAUGUCCGUCUGAUCGCUUCUCAAGCUCAACUCGGUUCUCAUUGGAUCUUCGGUGGCCACGUCAAAGAGGGGCAAGAGCUCCUGGCUGCUGCAGAGGGUCUUUCCAGGCAGCUCGAAAGUAGUGUCGAGUUGGUCUCUCUGCAGAUGGGUCUUGCCUCCCUUCACCGGGCCCAGGGCAAUCAUGUCGACGAAUUGAGUGCUUUGCAGGAGGCCGACAGGGUCAUGAAUGAGUUCGUAAAGUCCGAGACAUCGGGGCCCGGCGUCUCCGACCUAGCAGAAAAAUUGGAUAACAUGCGCAUCCAAGAAACUACGAGACGAACAAGAUCCACCACGACGACAUCAAGACCUACCACAAGAAGGACUCGUGGCACCAUGCAAUCAGCGAAAACGGCACCCGUUGUGUCUCCAACCACCCCAAGCACGGAAUCCGAAUCUCUCUUGCAUCUCAAGAGUGACAUUCUCCGACAGCAGGCAGCUUGCUCGCGCUCGCUUCGAGAUUUCGAAAGGGCUUCCUGUUUGUUGAACGAUGCGCGGAAACUUGCUUCGUCGAGGGACACGCAAAUAUCGCUCAACAUUGGAGAAAGUGAACACCUGUUAGCCGAUGCUAUACGUCAUUUUGCUUCGCACUCUGUGUACUGCGUUCUUCCAGAGUCGACAAUCUCCUUGCCGUCGUUAGAAUCCCCUAAGCCCGGGAAGUCGAGCCAAGGUACUUCCUCGACCAGGGAAACUUCCACUCGCAGGACAAGGGCGCCGACCAAAGGAUCGCGCUCAAGGACCCAGAAGGCAACAGAGGACUUUUCGGUCAUGCUCUCUAAAGCCGGUGACUGUCUCAACAACGUUUUUCCCACAGCUACAGCUUUGGGCUCUACUCUCGAUAGCCAUGCAGCUUCCCGUUUGAUGAGCCGUAUUUCUAUGCUAUUCCAUACUACGGCCGCAGAUUGCACGCUGCCUUGGUCGCAAUCUCCGGCAAACGUGAAUGAACUUGGCCGCAUUGGAGCUUUUGCUCGAGAGCAUGUCGCUAUCGAUAUCGACAAGCAGUUGACCGACCAUUGCGACCCGCUUGAUUGGCCGACUAGCGGAUCAUCAGCAACAGAUGGCGACUCUUUGUGUGCCGACCUCACCAAGGAAUACGUUGACAUUCUUCCGGAGAACUGGAACGUUCUGUCGCUCUCCCUAAGCGCAGACCGCACCGAGUUCGUGGUUUCGCGGCUGCACCAAGGCCGCACCCCGUUUCUCCUGCGCCUUCCGCUCAAGCGGGGCAACUCGGACGACGACGAAGAGCAGUUCACUUUCGAAGACGGGAGACAGGAGAUGCAAGAACUCAUACAGUUGGCGAACGAAAGCGCACACGCUGCCAAAGCCCAAAUCGACCGCCAGUCAAAGAAGCAAUGGUGGAAGAACCGGGAACAACUUGACCGUCGCAUGGAGAAUCUGCUACAGAACAUCGAAACCGUGUGGUUUGGAGGCUUCCGAGGAAUCUUCUCGCCCGUGCCGCAUGACAUAGCCCCUCUGGCACGGUUCGCAGAUGCUUUCCACAAUGUUCUCGACAAACACCUCCCUUCUCGCCAAAAGGGGGGCCGAGCGAGCAGCCCACGACUCACGCUGCAUCCUAAUGUGCUAGAGCUUUUCAUCGGUGUGAAGGAUCUGGAAGAUCACGAAGAUCCCGAGGAUACCCUGAUGGAUCUCCUCUACUUCGUGGUCGACAUCCUGCAGUUCCAGGGCGAGCGCAACGCGUAUGAUGAGAUUGACUUCGACAUGAUGGUCGUUGAGACGCUAGAUGCUCUGCGGGGGUACCACGAAGCUGUCCAGAACGAGGACGGAAAGCAAGCGCCCAACCACACCGUCUUGGUUCUCGAUAAAGCACUUCAUUUGUUCCCAUGGGAAUCUUUGCCCUGUCUCCAGGGAUUUCCAGUCUGUCGCGUGCCAUCACUGGAGUGUCUCCGAGACCGCGUCCUCCAGUUCCGGAACGAACGCAUCACGAAAGGGGGCCAGGGUCUCCGUCUCAACCGCAACAAGGGGACCUACAUCCUGAACCCCACGGGCGAUCUCCAAACUACCCAGGGGCUCUUCGAAAAAGACUUAUCUCGACUGGACUCCUGGACCGGCAUCGUCAACCGACCACCCACAGAAGAAGAAUUCCAAGACGGCCUCGAGUCAAAGGAUCUCUUCCUCUAUUUCGGUCACGGCAGCGGCGCGCAGUACAUCAGAGGACGAACCGUCAAGCGACUGGACCGGUGCGCCGUAACUUUCCUCAUGGGCUGUAGCAGCGGAGCCCUAACAGAAGCGGGCGAGUACGAGCCGUACGGGACGCCCAUGAACUAUCUGCACGCGGGAAGCGCCUCGUUGGUCGCUACCCUUUGGGACGUUACGGACAAGGACAUCGACCGCUUCGCUAAGUCGACGUUUGAGCAUUGGGGUUUGUUGGGUGGCUCUGAUGCGGAGGCGAGCCAGGGAGGCCGACGGUCUGCGACACGAGAGGUGGCGUUAGAUGAGGCUGUGUCGAGAUCUCGGUCUGCUUGUGUGUUGAAGUAUUUGAAUGGGGCGGCGCCGGUGAUUUAUGGGAUUCCGGCUGUGUUUUUGGAGUGAUGUGAUCUGUUGACUGUUGAUUGACUUGGCGUUUGAGGAGGAAAUGAACUUGGAUGCAUAAAGGCGUAUUGGUUGUAUUGAUACGGGAUGCUUGCAUGGAAUUGUGUACGGUGUUUACUUUGCU